GAGGGGGGUGAAAAGGAUAUAGGGCAAUAAGGAGAUGUGAGGAUUUAUAUUUAAGAACAUAAAAACCCCACAAGCUAUAUUACAUAAAAUCCUCAAACUGAGAUAUAUUUAACCCCUCAAAGAGGAAAUCUAGCAACAAAGUAAAAAUAAUAUAGACCCUCCUCACUUACAAAAAAGAAACUAAUUAACAAUUUAUUAGCUAGGGCUUUUUUUAAUAUAUUUUUUUAUUUUCUUUAUAUUUUUUAAAAAUUUGUAAAAAAUCAAAAAAAGUAAAAAAGAGGCAGCUGUACUGCAUAUCUAAUAUAUUACAUAGUAAUAUAAAUAUAAUUUAAUAUAUACGCACAGACAUAUAUACAGAUCUAUAUAUACAUUUGUGGAUUUAGUCAUUUAUUUUUUUUAUAUAUUUAUUUUUUCUUUGGACGUGAUAAAUGGGGGAUUACGGAUUCGGUUUACUGCAGACUAGUAGUGGACCUAACAGCGGAGGCAGCAGCAGCAGCGCCUUGUUUGGUGGAGGAGCUGCGUUCCGUGCUGCCUUCCCGGCCUCCUCUUCUAGCUCACAGUUCCAGUCCUUGUCUCCCGGUGGUGGUUGCUUUUCCUCCACGUCAGGCAGCGCCCUGUUCCUGUCAGCCGGGUACCAGCAGCAGCAGCAGAUCAUGCAGGAUGAGUUGCUACUAAGCAGCGGUAACAGCACAAAGAGCAGCCAGCAGCACCACCAGCCUUCUCCGCCCGCUUUACUGCUACUACACGGGGCCCAAGAGUCGGCCAAGCAGAAGAGGAAGGACUUCAGCCCCCAGGAGGGCGACGCGUUCAGGGAGGAGCUGAAGCAGCAGGCGCCCGGGGAGAUCAGCCAACACCACAACCGAGGCUCACCAUCCAAGAGCGAAGAGCUGGAGGCUCAAGAUAAACUGUUACCGGCUUCCCCCUGUUCCACCUCCUCAUCUUCAUCGUCUUGUUCCAGCUCAGCAGAGGAGGUGGGGGAGGUACAUGCCGGUGUCCCGUCUCCAGGUCACCACCAGCACCUGCCGGCCAAAUCUAAGCUACAUAUGGAAUCACACGGUGGGCAUCUGCUGAGUGGUGCCCCACCCAACCUGCUGGGUGCCCCCUACACCGGAUCCCCUGAACAGAUCCCCGCUGGGACAAGUUCACCACCGGCUUUACCUGGGUUUGGUACACCCUGGUCAGUGCAGACCUCAUCUCCCCCACCGCAGCCUCCCCCACUGCCAGCACCCCACCCUGCUGGUCCUGGUCAUAACCUGAAUGCACUGCAGAGCCCGGAUCCGGACAGCUUUUACCCUGGCAUCCCAUCCUCCAUUAACCCUGCCUUCUUCCAGAGCUUCUCUGCUGUAUCUGCUAACCCUUGCCCAGGACUUAACGUGCCGGGGUUCAGCAGCCCUUUCUCGGCCCAAAUUAAUAUCAGCCAGCAGCAGCAACAACCCCCACAGAACAGAAGGUCCCCAGUGAGCCCACAAAUGAACCCACAACACCACCAGGCUGCAGCUUUCCUACAGCAGAGGAAUAGCUAUAAUCACCAUCAGCCGAUUGUAAAACAGUCUCCAUGGAGCACCCAUCAGGGCAGUGGCUGGAGCACAGGCGGCAUGUCCUGGGGCGGUAUGCAUGGCAGAGAUCACCGCCGGACCGCUAACAUGGGAAUCCCUGGCACUAUGAACCAAAUAUCCCCUCUGAAAAAGCCUUAUUCAGGCAAUGUCAUCGCCCCACCCAAGUUCACACGCACAAAUCAAUCACUCACUCCCAAAUCUUGGAUUGAAGACAACCUCUUCAGAACCGACAACAAUAGCAACACACUCUUACCAUUACAGGUGAGAAUGGAUCGCGGCAGAAUGUAUGACAGCUUGAAUAUGCACUCAUUGGAAAACUCCCUGAUUGAAAUAAUGAGAGCAGAACAUGAUCCCUUGAAGGGUCGUUUGAACUAUCCUCAUCCAGGGACAGACAGUCUUCUGAUGUUAAAUGCAAGGAGUUAUGGGAGAAGACGAGGACGUUCUUCCCUCUUUCCUAUUGAUGAUGGCUUACUAGAUGACGGGCAUAAUGACCAAGUUCUGAAUUCUCCCAAUUGCUAUUCUGGCCAUCAGAAUGGGGAGCGAAUAGAACGCUUUUCAAGGAAGGUGUUCGUUGGUGGCCUUCCACCGGAUAUUGAUGAAGACGAGAUUACUGCCAGUUUUCGUCGAUUUGGGCCCUUAGUAGUAGAUUGGCCACAUAAAGCUGAGAGCAAAUCCUACUUCCCCCCAAAAGGUUAUGCAUUUCUACUUUUCCAAGAGGAAAGCUCAGUACAAGCCCUGAUUGAUGCUUGUAUCGAGGAAGAAGGAAAACUCUAUCUUUGUGUCUCUAGCCCUACCAUCAAGGACAAGCCAGUUCAAAUUCGUCCAUGGAACCUGAGCGAUAGUGAUUUUGUUAUGGACGGUUCACAGCCACUUGACCCUCGAAAAACCAUCUUUGUGGGAGGAGUCCCAAGGCCACUAAGAGCUGUGGAGCUGGCUAUGAUCAUGGAUCGACUCUACGGCGGUGUGUGCUAUGCAGGAAUUGAUACUGAUCCUGAGCUAAAGUACCCUAAAGGAGCUGGUCGUGUUGCAUUUUCCAAUCAGCAAAGCUACAUUGCGGCCAUCAGUGCUCGAUUUGUUCAGCUCCAACACGGUGACAUUGAUAAAAGGGUGGAAGUGAAGCCGUACGUUCUGGAUGACCAGAUGUGCGAUGAAUGCCAGGGUGCGCGUUGCAGUGGAAAGUUUGCUCCAUUUUUUUGUGCCAAUGUCACUUGCCUGCAGUAUUAUUGUGAGUUCUGCUGGGCAAACAUCCACUCUCGUGCGGGCCGGGAAUUCCACAAGCCAUUGGUGAAGGAAGGUGCUGACCGACCACGUCAGAUCCACUUCCGAUGGAACUAGGCAAAGCUCACUAAGCAAAAGUGGUGCAUGUGGCUUAAUGUGUUUCAAGAUUCCAACAUGCAGAAGAAAUAAGUGCAUUCUUCUGCUUUUCACCCAGCCCUCACGUGCAUCUUAAUCAGCAGCCAAAACACUACAAGCCUCUUGUUUUUCACCAAAACCCUACAUCUCAGGCUUACUAAUUUUUGUGAUCUUUUCAUGUCCAUUUUUUUUUAAAAUAUUUGUUUCCAAGUCUUUUUAUAUUUAAUGCUAAAAUUAGAUAUGGGGAUGUUUUGCAUAAGGGGGCAACUCAAGUCUGCUGCUAUAAUAUAUAUGGGUGAAGCGUGCACUUAUUUCUUAACAUUGGGUUUUAACUUCAAUUUCUGCCCCAGUAAUUUACCAAAGGUAGCAAAUGAAUAGUAAAAAAAUGGAAUAUGACUGCUACUAAAACUUAUUUUUUACUGUUGAUAUUUUCAGUGUGUAUGAAAAUUUGAAAAGAUAAAAAAAAAAAUAUAGGGUUGAUCUUUUUUUCGCUCUCCAUUUUGACUUGCAAGAAAUAAUACCUCAAGAUAAUCUGAUUUUAUUAGCUGUUUUUAAUCAUAAGCUGUAUUAGCUUUGCUGCUAUAUAGGUGUUGUGUGUAAUACCACCUAUUUAUACAGGAUUUAAACAUUUUUCAAACACUGCAUUACAACGAAAUGCAGUUCGCACAACAUGGCCCUGACUGCCAUUGUUUUAGAAUGUGAAAAAAAAAUGCAUGUUUACUUACCUUUAUACACCAAAUGCAUGCACUAGACUUAUUAACUAAACACAGAUACGGUAUUGCAGAUGUUCAAAAAAAAGCUCUUUUUUGAAACUAGGUACAAUAGCAUGAGCAAAUUACACAAUUUUGUUACAAAAAUAGCAUAUUUGCAUGCAUUAUUGUGACUUAAGUACAAAAAAUGUCCUUACAUGUGUACAAUAUGCAAAUUUAGAUAUAGAUUAAGUACGUGCAGCCAUUUUUAUGUACUGGUCAAUAGUGGACUUCAGUUUAUAAGGAUUGGAUGUAAUAAUAUAAUCCCUGUGCAAUCGUUGUGGUGUGCAUUUCUGAUUCUUGUGGUGUGUAGUAGCAUAGAUUAAAAAAAAUAUAUAAAAAAAGACAUACAAAUGAAAGUAAUGUAAAACCUAUUUAAAAGAGCAUUCAUUAAAAUAUCCCACCCUUGAUUUAAAAAGUCGCGGUUCAAAAUUUCCUCUAAAAACCAAAGAUGGCCAGCACACUUGUAAUCAGUCACCAAAUGUAUAACCCGUAAAUUAUUUAGAGAAGUAUACUAGUUUAUAAAUGCUUGACGCUUUAGUAAUAAUCAAGAAGUCAAAAUGGAGAUGGUUUGAAUAUACACAGAUGGCUAGUUGCAUAAGUUUCCCGGCACCUGUAAGACAACAGUGACAUGGUUCUAAAUAUUUUUGCAUACUCCUGUUUCUUCUGCACAAACCUUUUCUACGUUUUGUUGUUUUUGUUUGGUUUUUUUAUAAUUAGGGUGCCAAUUACACAAAAAUUUUAGAUGUUUGGUCACAAUUGUUUUUUUUUAAUUUUUUUUAUUUAUUUUUUUUAAUAAAAAGAAAAAAAAAUUGAGUCGCCCAUUAAACUACAGAACCCAUUUGGGGUUAUUGAAAAUAUAAAUAGCUCUACUAUCCACAUGGGAUUAUGCAACUAGCCCAAAAUCAAAUGUUUCAGUGGAAAUAUCUUUACUUAACAAAUCAGCACAGAGUUACUAGAGACGCACACAAAAAAAAAAAAAAAAUAAUAAAAAAAAAACUUUAAAGGGUGUUCUGUGUAAGCCCUUGGGACAAUCCUCUGUACGAAGUAGUGUUGUCAACAGUGUGCUUUUUGUACUGUACAAUAUGUGAUUCCCUUCUCCCUUUGCCGUUUAACCGUGGUUGUAGUUAACGUUUUAAAUGUUUGAAAUUUAAUGUUAUAAAGAGUGCUUCUUCCUAAUUUAUUUGUUAAUGCCCCCAUCUGUUGCUCGCCCAACCGUUUCCAGUUUUUCUGUAAGCUUGAAUACUUUUAACCGCAUUUACCCAAACCUUAACCCAUGAUGACUUUGUUAUGCACUAUAUUUUAUAUAUAAAUAUAUAUUUAUGAAAGCUCUUUCCAACAG